AUGCCCUCCAUUCUCGCCACGGCGAUCCAGUCUUCUUUACUCAAGGGCACCGCAAACUUCACGGCACAGAUCGUCAACCAGCACAGGCAGGCCGGCGGCAGUGCCGGGGCCCCGCUCGACGUCCGUCGCGUCCUCGAGUUCGCGACCUUUGGCUUCAUACAGGGCCACAUCAACUACUGGUGGCAGCACUUUCUCGAAGACCAGUUUCCCAACUCGGCGUCGUCGGCCCGCGGCAGGGGAAGGAAGGCGUCCAUCGUUGAGCCCAAGAUCGAGAAGCCCGAGAAACCCGAGAAGGCGGCCCCCAAGAACUAUUUCAAUGUCGCCCGCAAGGUGCUUGUCGACCAGACCGUCGGCCUGUUCAUGAUGAACACGGCCUUUCUUCUCAUCACGUCCGCCCUGCGCUUUGGCUUCUCUCCGAUCGUCUACCAGAUCUGGAGCGAGAGGAUAUUCGACCUCAUCAAGGCUGCGUGGAAGUUUUGGCCUCUGGUGGCUAUGCUCAAUUUCGCACUCGUGCCCGUGGGCUAUCGAGCGCUGGUAGGCAUGUGUGUUGGAUUUAUAUGGAACAUGUUUCUCACGUUUUUCCUAUUGUAA